AGUAGUACAUUAGUGAAAUCUAAUCAGUAUGUCGAGUUUCACGAUAUUUCUCUUCGUCGUUCAAGCGUGUUUGGUUCAAAAUGCUUUGUGCCAAUGCUAUGGCGGCUACAAUCCUGGCCCGAUUGUAAACGGAUACAGUGGUCCCAUCGGCGGUCCUGGGUACGGUCCUCCCGGCUGUGGGGGCUAUGGCGGUACCGGAGUCGGUACCGUGGCGAUUGCUGGCGAGCUGCCGGUUGGCGGUACCACGGUCGUGUCGGGACAAGUACCAGUGGUCGGCUGUGUCGAGUUCGAGGGUCCGGCUUGUGCGGCGGGAUCUGUGACGAUCAGCGGAAACUGCGUCUGCAGUUGCGGGGUGCCAGGGCCGAUUCUGUACUAAUUUAGGUUUAUCCAAAGCUUGAGAACACUUCUCUAGCCUAUAAUUCUAAACGUAACGCCUCAGAGGUAUACUUGUCUUUGUCACACUCAGUUAAGUUUUCACGCGAUCGAAAGAGAAAAAAACUGAAAGUGUCAUUGAGUAGACUGUGUUUUCAAUUGUGUUAUCUAAUUUUAAUGUUUUAAAUAAAUGUUUGUUAGUUA